GUUCGAUUACUCCAACGUAAGAUCUCUUGACAAAAAAUCUUAAGGUUUAUUGCUUAUAAAGGGGAAUAUUUCCCAAUAAAGGCGCGGGGAUUUGCUAUUAAAAUAUGGUGGGGAAAAUGGUGGCCAUUUAGUUCAGCAGCAGGCUGAUUUAUUAUUUAUUGUUCUGUCCCACGGUCACGUGUUUUGGGGCGCCCUAUCCAGUCUUGGGCAAGGUUCAACUUAACUGGACGCAUUGAGCUCCAAGCUGGUGCAGGAAAGCAGCACAAUUAUAUCAUGCAAUGAAUCUGUUUUUUCUACAGACUGCAGGACUGUAACGCGCUGUUUUAAAAAAAUAUAUAAUUUUUUUUGCUUUUGCAUUAUUUUGCAAUGUCGACGCUGGGGACGAGUUAUUAUGUUGACUCGCGUGUUCUUCCCGAGCAGGAAGAUAUGGCACCGAGAUACUCAUCAGCUGCAGGGGUGGAGCAGGCGAUGCUCGCCGAAUAUGGCGGACAGGAGUCUUGUCCUUUGCAGGCGAAAUCUUCUAUUUUUGGCGGAUCUUGGAGUCCCAUCUCGGCCCACCCUCCGAACACGGCCGCCCCGACCUACAUACAUCACCACCACCACCAGCACUACGCGAGCGGGGACGGCGAUGGCAUGUUUGCGCGCUCCUGGGCGUUGGACCCAGUCUCCGCGUCCCUGUGUCUGACGGGAUUACCGUCCACAGCCAUGCACUAUGAGAUAAAACCAGAACCUCUGAUUGGGAGCGCCGAAUGUACAACUUUGGAGGCGCACACACCUCUUUUGUCUGACAUUGAAAACGGAGCGUCCCUCGCGGAGAUUCCCUGCGAAACCACGUCCACGUCUAAAGCCGCUGACGACAGCCCGUCAGCAGAGGAGAAGAAGGAGAUAGAUGCAAAUAACCCAUCAUCCAACUGGCUUCACGCAAAGCCCACCAGAAAAAAGCGUUGCCCCUAUACAAAGCAUCAAAUCCUCGAACUGGAAAAGGAGUUUCUGUUUAACAUGUACCUCCCCCGGGAUCGUAGAUACGAGGUAGCCAGACUCCUGAGUUUGACCGAGAGGCAGGUGAAAAUCUGGUUUCAGAACCGCAGGAUGAAGAUGAAGAAGGAAAACAAAGACCGGCGGAGAGACAGUUAACUGGGUUUUUUAAAAAACAAAAAACAAACUGAUGGUAGGAUUAGAGCCUGAAGGAGGGAGAAGGGAGAGGAGGGAAGGAGGGAAUGUGUGUGUGUGUGUGUGUGUGUGUGUGUGUGUGUGUGUGUGUGUGUGUGUGUGUGGUGAGGGGGAGUCUGUCCUUAAUAUUCCUGAGCUGUUAACACAUAUUGUCGUAAAGUUUUGUGUUGUUAAAACAAUGCUGGAUGUACCUUUUCUCCCCCCUUAUGAUAUCCAGUGUUUCAUGUUUGUGUCUCGUCAGAAUUUAGAUGUUGUAUACUUGGCGCACACUGAUAGUUCACUUACUAUAGGCCAUUUGUUAUUUGCAUGAAAUGAUCCUUGACUACCUGAAUGUCUUUCAGCUACCUAUUUGCAUUGUUUAAGUUAUUAUUUGUUUUUGCAACUUUAGAUGGUUUUUAACCGUUAGGUCUUGAUCCAUUUGUGAAAACACUGUGCACACUUAAAAUACCUCGUCGUUCUUGAUUUCAUCCAAAAUAAAGAGUAGUUUGUAUAUAGCACAUGAGAAUAUUAAUAUGUCUUUUUAACUUCUUAUUGUUUUACUUAAUAUUAAGACAAACAGCGUAUUUAUGACACAUUUAAACACUAUAGAUUAAUGAAAUGGUAUUGCAACUUAUUUAAUUUCCUGCUCUCUUGAACCUAAAAAGUUUCAAAACUAUUGCAACAAGAUUAUAUAUUUUUUUGCUUCUGUCAUUAAAAAUGAAUUAAACCGAAAGAAAAACUUUUUAUUACAGGAAAAAUGAUUUUAAAAAAAUAGACUUUUACUAGGUCUUCUGGUUUGUAACCAUUGAGCUUUAUGGCGCAAACAAACCAAAUGAGCCACAAAAACUUCCCAAGGCCUGUCCAGAUUUUUUUCUCUCUCAAAAACGCUUUCGUCAACUCUGCUGACAUGACGCUGCAUUACUACCAAUAAUAAUAAUAACUAUACACUACAGUAAUAUUUUCAUGGAAGUAAGAGAAGAAUGUUUAUUUAA